AUGAAGAUCACUCACUUAAUGUUCGCGGAUGAUUUGCUUUUAUUCUAUAGGGGUGAUUCUAUCUCAAUCGGUCUCCUUUAUGCUUCUUUCUUAAAAUUUUCUAAGGCCUCGAGUUUGGAAGUUAAUCUUGACAAUAGUUGUAUCUAUUUGAGUGGAGUUACAGAAGUUGCUAGGAAGAAUAGGCUUGAGAUUUACACAUGUAAGUUGGAUCUUUACCCUUCAGAGAAGAUGGUUCAGAGAACCAGAAACUGGUCUUCGAAGCAACUUUCCUAUGUUGGGAGACUUAAGCUGGUGAAGGUUGUUCAUUUGAGUAUUCAAAAUUAUUGGAGCCAAAUCUUCCUACUUCCAAAAAAUAUAAUGAAGGAAGUAGAGAAAAAUUGCAAAUUGUACUUGUGGACAGGAUCUACUGAGCAAUCUGAGAAAGCGUUAGUAGCUUGGAGUAAUAUGUGUCUCCCAAAAUCUGUUCGUGGGUGGAAGCUGAUUGUUCUUCCAAAUUGGAACAAAGCUGAAAUUUGCAACCUUUUGGGGGCUGUUUCUCUAAAGGAAGAUGAUUUACAUAUUUUAUAUAGAGUUUUCACCUCCGUCCCUCGUUGA